AUGGCUCCGCCUGCUCGCCUUAAUCAGCUCCAAAUGGAGCAAGUUAGGAAUAUUGUCGCUGAGGAAUUCAAUAACGCUUUCAAUGAACUAAUCCCGGGCGUGACCAACGACAUAAUCAACCAGGUCAAAGCUCUUCUGGAUGAGCGCCUCACAGCUAUUCCCGGGGGAGCGUUAUCGGCUCCGCCCGUUCGGGAUUCAGCAUACUACUUCGAGAAGUUCAGCAAGUGUAGCCCUCCUCUUUGGAACGGUGAAUCCGACCCAGUUGCUGCUAAGCAUUGGGUGUCAGAUGUUGAGGGCGCCUUCAUGACUGUUGGGUGUCCGGACCAGUACAAAGUUGUGAUCGCCAUGAAUCAGCUGCGAAAAAGGGGAAAGACAUGGUGGAACACCAUCACCGCUCUAUUAAACAAGGAAGAAGUGAGGGCCAUGUCUUCGGCCCAAUUUGUGGAGAGGUUCGAGGCACAAUAUGUGCCCAAGGUGGAGCAGCAGCGGAUGCAGCAAGAGUUCAUGGCCUUACAGCAAACUACCGAGUCUGUUAGCGACCUGAACGCCAAGUUCUUGGAGAUGCUAUCUUUUUGUCCCUCAUUUGCUGGGAACGAGGCCUGGUUGGUUAGCCAAUACACUACCAUUCUACGUACCGAGAUUCGGGAAUUCGUUAGCAUGCAGGAGUUCCCGACUUUAUCCGCGAUUAUGGAUGCAGCGAGGAGGAGGGAAAUCGAGUUGCAGACCCAGACCAAGAGGAAGGCCAAUGACACCUCCUCCAAGACAACCGGAGAUGCCCAGAAAAAGCAAAAGCAGGGUGGUAAGUCAAGGUAUGAGUACAAGCCGUCUUCAGGUCAGGGCGAGAAAAAUCCGUUGAUAUGCUACAACUGUAAAAAGCCAGGGCAUCAUUGGAAGAAUUGUAGGGCUCCCCCUGCGAGUGCAGUUCCUCAGAUUACUUCUGCUGCUCCCGUAUGCUAUCACUGCAACGAGACGGCACACAAGAAGACCGAAUGCCCGAAGUUGAAGGCUGGUAAAGGAAGCGGGGGUACAAAUCCUGCAAUUGCAUCGUCUUCUAAGGGACCCAUUAUGGUGACACGAGGUCGUGCUCACUAG